CGGUUUUUUUUUAUUUAAUUCAUGUGUUCAAAUCUUAAUUGUUACUUGAUUGUUAUUCUUAUUCUUUUGAUUGUUUAAUUUUGUUUAAAUUGCUUUAGUAUUCAUCUUAUUUUAAUUGCUUGUCUUGGGACAUGGCAGAGGAAGAAACGAUUAAUGAGGAGCGGUUGUUGUCUUCAAGUGAAUUACCUGAUUGUCAAGUUGAUUUACAAUCUAAUUUAAUUGCUGGUGAAGGUACAUCUUCAAGUGGACCAGUAGUAGUAGUAGUAGAUGAAUCUACACAAUCAGGUGAUAAAUUAAGCAAAAAAAAGAAAAAAGAAGAACCUCCAAGUUGGUUUGAGGUUGAUGAUGAUCACAAUACCAAUGUAUAUAUCUCAAAUUUACCUUUAGAUACAACGGAAGAAGAGUUUAUCACCUUGAUGAAAAAAUAUGGACUCUUGAUGAAAGAUCUGGACACUGGACAGUUUAAGAUUAAAAUGUACAAAGAUAAAGAGGGUAACUUUAAAGGAGAUGCUCUUUGUUGCUAUAUCAAAGUGGAAUCGGUUGAUUUAGCACUUCAGCUUCUUGAUGGUUCCAUGUUCAAGGAUAAUGAGGUUUCAUGUGAGAGAGCAAAGUUCCAAUAAGGAGAUUAUGAUCCUCGAAGGAGACCCAGAAAACGUAAAGGAAAAGAGAAGAAAAAAAUAAAAGAAAAAAUUGAAAGGUUAUUCGAUUGGAGACCAGAUAAAUUACCUGGACAGCGAUCAAACUCCGAAAAGACUGUUAUAAUUAAAAAUGUAUUCGAUGUCUCCGAAUUUGAUAAAGAACCUGAAUUAAUAUUAGAAUAUAAGACUGAUAUUCGUGAAGAAUGUGAGGCCAAAUGUGGACCAGUGAAAAGGGUCGAUAUUUAUGACCGAAAUCCUGAAGGUGUAGUUCAGGUGAUCUUUCAAGAUUUCGAUUCGGCCGAUAAAUGUGUCCAACUAAUGAAUGGCCGUUGGUUUGCUCAAAGGAAAUUGGAAGCUUUUCUUUGGGAUGGAAGAACGAAAUAUAAAACCAUCGAGACGGAAGAAGAUGCUGCUAAAAGAAUCGAUGGAUGGAAUCAAUUCUUGGAAAAUGAAGAUGAUCAACCUCAAGCUGAAUCAUCUAAAAUUCAAUCGUAUCAAGAUGAACCAAUAGAAGAAGAGGAAAAUGAUGAUGAUGAUGAUGAUGAUGAUAAUAAUCAUGUUGAUGAAGAAAAAGAAAAACAAAUUUCCUCCCAAAAUGAAUCAUCACAAUCGAUUCCCUAAAUUGUACUUAAUACUCCUUCCAUUAUCAUAAUUAUCUCUAUCAAUUGACUUCCAUCUCAUUGACAUGUUCCAUGUUAAUUAUUAAAAAUAAUAAUAAUAUAUUCAUUCAUAUAAA